AUGCGUGGAUUCACCUACCUCAAGGGCAGUGCCCUGGCUAUGGCCUCUGUUGUCUCGUCCACCAGCAUCCUGUUGCCUCUAUACCAAUGGCCAAGCGACAAUACUACCUGGUCUGCUGUCUACGACGCUGCUGCUGCGCACCCAGCUAUCAAUUUCCAAAUCAUUGUCAACCCUGACAGUGGCCCUGGCGACACCACAUACCCCGAAUCGAGCUAUAUCGAUGGUGUCUCCCAGUUGAACAGCUACUCAAACGUUGAGGUCAUCGGCUAUGUCCAUACCGAGUACGCUACACGUGACAUCUCGGUCAUUGAGAGCCAAAUCUCAACCUACAGUGGCUGGUCUUCGUACAAAGAGCAAAACAUCACUAUUUCCGGAAUCUUCUUCGACGAAGCCCCAAGCACCAAUGACUCAAAUUUGGUCUCCUACAUGCAAGAAGUGUCGAGCACCGCCAAGUCUAACAAUCUCAACACCGUCAUUUUCAACCCGGGCACCAAGGUAGAAGACGAGGCCUACUUCGAUGCUGCCGAUUUGAUUGUCGAGUUUGAGAAUUCUUACUCGACUUGGCUUUCUUCCAUUCCUGCCAACGAUUUCACCAACACGGCUGGUUAUUCCAAGGGUGCGGUCAUUCUGUACAGUGCGCCACUUACGAGUGACUAUGAGACUGUUCUUCAGGAGGUUGAACAGAUGGGCCUCGGAGCUGCAUACCUGACCAAUACUGAUGACUAUGCAAAUGCCAAUAGCGUGACGAAAGUUGCCUCUGCGCUGAAAUCUGCUCUUACUGAGACGUCGUCCCCUUCGCCCUCGUCCUCUGUGGGUGCAUCGACUUCGACUUCGACUUCGACUUCCACAUUGACUUCGACUCCGACUUCUGCAUUGACAUUGCCUUCGACAUCAGCAUUGGUAUCAGUAUCAGCAUCGACUUCGGCAUUACCACCAUCACCAUCACCAUCUUCAGGAUCUGAGCCAGAGCGGGGAUCAUCGUCAUGCUCCCAAGGCCGUGAGCCCUAG